AUUCAGUUUGAUUGUGUGUCAGUAUAACACUUUCUGAUCCACACGCUACCGCUACCACUCUCGCUCUUUGCCAGCCCCUCCGAUAAACCCCAGAGAAGAAGACGGUGAACCGUUUCCACCAAGAUGGUCGUCGGUGCCUUCCCCAUCGCCAAGCUCCUCUACCUUGGAGUGAGGCAGAUGAGCAAGCCGGUGGCGAACCGGAUCAAAGCCGGAGCCCGGAGGAGCGAGUUCUUCAAAAGCUACAUCUGCCUGCCGCCGGCCCAGAUUUACCACAGGGUUGCGAUGAGAACCAAGAUGCGGAUCAUGGGCUUUCGGGGCUCCACCAUUAAGCCGCUGAAUGAGGACAAGGCUGUGGAGCUGGGCGCAGAGUUGCUGGGAGAGGCCUUCAUCUUCCUCAUCGGCACUGGAUGCAUAGUGCUGGAGUACAGCAGGCAGGCCGCUAAUUCCCGCAGCAAAGAGGAGGAGCUGACUGAGACCAUCACAACCACGAGGAUGAUCAUGUUAACCGAGGUCAAAACAGAUGAAUUUAGAUCAUAUAAAAUAAAAUAA